AUGGAUGAAACGGAUUCUUUCCAACAAUUAGACGUCUUAUACGAAAAUCAACGAGGGAUUACAUUCUGUGGAGCUGUUUACUUUUCAGAAAAGUCGCUUUUGAACUUUGAUCCUGCUCCUUGGGUAGACGGGAAUUUUAAAGCAUCACCAGUCAAUAUAAAAACGGCAACCUGUCCGGAUCCAAGUUGGGAAUGGGUCUGGCAACGUUGGUACGUCGAUAUGAAUGGAGAUGUGGAUGAGUCCGGAUGGCAAUAUGGAUUUUCAUUCGGUUUCUCGAAUUGGAAUGGAAGACCAAUAUCAUUACAGUCGUUUGUUCGACGCCGUCGAUGGAUUCGGCAGCGAAAAAAGACGGAAUGCUUGAGAGAUGAUCCAAGGCUCAUGAAUGAUUACUUUACAAUAUCUUCCUCUUACGCGGUUACCAAACCCCCAAUACGCACUCAGCAUACUGGAAGCCUAUCAGCCAUCACGGACACUGAAGAAGAAGAAGUUGCAACAAUUCCUUCGUUACUUCAAUCCUUACAAAAUUCCCGAAUCGAUCGCGAAAAAUUAGAAACCCUUCAAAAGUUCCUUCAAUCUGCUAUUUCUCCGGACAUAAAUUAUCUGAUAAACAUGAAAGAAAAAGUUAUAAAAAGCUUCGUGUAUGAAAGCAGUUGCCGUCAAGCGAAAGAAAUGUUAAAUGCCAGACCAACAAAGCAAGACGAUGCUGGUCAGCCUAAUGAAACUGAUACUCCCGGUAAGGAAACACGGUCUUUCCUCGAGUCUAUAUAA